AUGAUCUACCUAAAGGACUGGAUCGUACCACACUUGGAGGGCUGGACGCUUCAACAAACCCUUAUGGCUCGAAGACUUUUUUACGUUGACUAUUCUAUCAUGCGUGGUCUCCACUGCCGGCAAGGCAGAAUGAUGGCAGCUCCGUUGUGUCUCUUCUUUUACACCGAGAAACGUCAACUUCAACCUCUGGCAAUUCAUUUAGAUCCUCUCUCUGGAAAUGAUCAGUUGCUCUUCCGCUGCACUGAUCCUGCUGAGGAGUGGCUCCAAGCUAAACUAUGGUUUAACCUUGCCGACUCCUGUCACCACAUGGUCGUCGGUCGCCUCCUCACUCACCUCAUUCUCGAGGGUGUUUAUGUCUCCUUGCGUCGAAAUCUCGCUCAAUCCCAUCCCGUCUAUCAACUUCUGGCUCCACACUUCCGAAGCUUCCUCGCGGUAAAUCAAAAGUUGAAAGAAUGGAUGCUGGAUCGGGGCUGGAUUGCGCGGAACAUCCAGCUUACACGGAAGGGCAUUAAGCAAUUACUUCGAAGGGGCUUCAAACAAUGGCGAUUUGAUAUUCAAGCUAAUGUCUAUGCUGAAUUGGAGUCUCGAGGGGUGUACGACAGAAAGGCUCUUGGCAAUUAUCCAUAUCGUGAGGAUGCAUUUGUGGUGCAUGCAGUGAUGGAGAAAUAUGUGAUGCGAUUUCUACGGGUGUUCUACGCACAAGGACCUGUCGCCCUCUUGGAAGAUGCCGAACUGCAAACAUGGCGGAAUGAGAUGGCAGAUCCGAUGGAAGAGGCUGGACUUGGACUGGAGGGCAUUCCACUCGGGAAGGCUCGGAUACGCAAUGGAGUAGUUUACCCCAUCACUAACAUAGCCGGUAUCUCAUCCCACUCCAACGCCAGCUCUCUAAGUGUUGCUUCUAGCGGAAGCAGUGGUGAAUGCGUUUUCGGAUUGAUAACGCUGGAAGAAACCAAAUCCCUCCUUAUGGGCAUUCUCCAUCUCCUCGUAAUUGUCUCGGGCUCGGUUCUGCGCCUCCCAAUGUUCGACGAAUACGGUUUCGUGGCCCACUAUCCCCUCAGCCUAUUCGGUAGUUUCCCACUUCGAGAAGACGAAGAAGAAGUGAAGAGGAGCACUUUAGAGAGCUGGAGUGGUCUGCAUUCCCUCUCCGCCUACGACAAAACUGUUGCCGCGUUACCAAAUCGUCGAAUGACUGUGGAAAUGGUCCUCUAUACCCGAGUGGCCAGUAGAAUUCAACUUUCUAACCUAGGUCAUUAUGACAUCAACUUCAUUGUAGACAAACGAGCGCUAGCUGUCCUAGAAGAAUUUCAGGCUGAGCUUAAAGCAGCGAGUGAACAGAUUGCAACAAACAAUCGACUGCGUGAUUUGCAUCACAAAUACUUGGCUCUGGAUCCUGCUGUUAUGCCGAACUAUCCGGGCAUAUGA